AUGGCGCCGCCCGCCGCCCGCCUCGCCCUGCUCUCCGCCGCCGCGCUCACGCUGGCGGCCCGGCCCGCGCCCAGCCCCGGCCUCGGCCCCGGACCCGGACCCGAAUGUUUCACAGCCAAUGGUGCAGAUUAUAGGGGAACACAGAACUGGACAGCACUACAAGGAGGGAAACCAUGCCUGUUCUGGAACGAGACUUUCCAGCAUCCAUACAACACUCUGAAAUACCCCAACGGGGAGGGGGGCCUAGGCGAGCAUAACUAUUGCAGAAAUCCAGAUGGAGAUGUGAGCCCCUGGUGCUACGUGGCGGAGCAUGAGGAUGGUGUCUACUGGAAGUACUGCGAGAUUCCUGCUUGUCAGAUGCCUGGAAACCUUGGCUGCUACAAGGAUCAUGGAAACCCACCUCCUCUAACUGGCGCCAGUAAAACAUCUAACAAACUUACCAUACAAACCUGCAUCAGUUUUUGUCGGAGUCAGAGGUUCAAGUUUGCUGGGAUGGAGUCGGGCUAUGCUUGCUUCUGUGGAAACAAUCCUGAUUACUGGAAGUACGGGGAGGCAGCCAGCACCGAAUGCAACAGUGUCUGCUUCGGGGAUCACACCCAGCCCUGUGGUGGUGACGGCAGGAUCAUCCUCUUUGACACUCUCGUUGGCGCCUGCGGAGGGAACUACUCGGCUCUGACCUCCGUGGUGUAUUCCCCUGACUUUCCAGACACCUACGCCACGGGGAGGGUCUGCUACUGGACCAUCCGGGUUCCAGGAGCCUCCCACAUCCACUUCAGCUUCACCUUGUUUGACAUCAGGGACUCUGCAGACAUGGUGGAGCUGCUGGACGGCUAUACCCACCGCGUCCUGGUCCGUUUCAGUGGGAGAAACCGCCCGCCUCUGUCCUUUAACGUCUCUCUGGAUUUUGUCAUUUUGUAUUUCUUCUCCGAUCGCAUCAAUCAGGCCCAGGGAUUUGCUGUCUUAUACCAAGCCGUCAAGGAAGAGACGCCUCAGGAGAGGUCCACUGCCAACCAGACGCUGGCCGAGGUGAUCACAGAGCAGGCCAACCUCAGCGUCAGCGCAGCCCGGUCCUCUAAAGUCCUCUACGUCAUCACCACCAGCCCCAGCCACCCACCCCAGACCGUACCAGGUAGAUGGACAGUGUAUGGCCUGGCAACUCUCCUCAUCCUUACAGUCACAGCCAUUGUAGCAAAGAUACUUCUGCACGUCACAUUCAAAUCCCAUCGCGUUCCUGCUUCAGGGGACCUUAGGGAUUGUCAUCAACCAGGGACGUCGGGGGAAAUCUGGAGCAUUUUUUAUAAGCCCUCUACUUCAAUUUCCAUCUUUAAGAAGAAACUCAAGGGUCAGAGUCAACCAGAUGACCGUAAUCCUCUUGUGAGUGACUAAAAGCUGCCCCCUCCGAGCCCAGGACAUGAGGUCCCUCCGAGCUUGAGGCCACUGGGGGGACCCGUGGUUUCCUCUGACUGACUCUCCCUGCCUCUCUCUCGGCCUCUCUGGCAGCCUCUGCAGGAGUGCCAUCCUACGGGCUGGAAAGGGACAUCCUGCUGCGGGGGCAGGCCUAGCCUGGACUCCCCCCUGCUUCAUCACUGCACUUAGGAGAGAGACCCAAAGUCCCAGGGUCUGGGCCCUCCCUGUGCUUCUCUCUCUCUCUCUCUCUCUCUCUCUCUCUCUCUCUCUCUCUCUCAUCUAGAAUGGGGGUGUCAGGACAGAGGGCCUGAGAUGGCAGAGAUGGUUGUGUCUGGCACUGGGCUCAGGUACCUUCUAGAUGACUGUAGGGUGGUGGGUAGGUAUACUAUAUGCUGAGUCUUCCCUUGCUUAUUUUCUGUUUUGUCCACACAGAUCACUUUCUCCCAUUCUUUAUAGUUUUAAACAGGGAUGCUUCUGAGGUUCUCUUGGGGGUUGGCCUUGUCCUAUAUUCCUGGACAUUAGCACCCCAAAGCAUAAAGAGGGCCCCUGCUUUGUGCUGACUCUGGGGCUUUGCUCUCUGGGUGCUAGAUGAGGAUGGGCCUCCUCCAACCCGGGAGAGCCUGGGAAUUGACCCCCCCCAUCACAUCAAGCCUGCCCCCUGCCACAACCGGGCUUCUUUCUAUAGCUUCUUUCCAUAACUUGGUGAUCGCAGAGCAAGCCUGCAGAGUGGUCGUAUAAAACAUGCAUUCAUUUAUUCACACAACAGACUUUCCAGAAAGCUUUUAUAGGUGCUCAGUGACUCCUCGUUAUGUGGGAUCGCCUGGCCUUGCCCCUGUGCAGCCGUGGUCCUGUGGAACCUGAGCCGGGCCCCCGAGAUUCUCUGACUCUCCGUUCAGAACAGGGAGUAUAAAUGUUGUGGCUUAGCCUUAGGCAGCUUUGGGUGAGACACAGGCACCAGCAGUCCCUCCUGCAGGCAGAGCUCAUUUUAAAAGAUGAAAAACCACCCCGCGGCCUGUGCGCUCUGCGGCCCCCUCUGCCCCUUAGUUAAGGGGACAGAGUGCUGUCUGGAACGGCUCAGAGGGCCCUGGUCCCUAGCCCCACACUGCCCUGCACUUCAGACAGGGAAGAGAGUCGCAGAGAGUGGCAUGAGGACUGAGAGGGGGGCUUUGGGAACUGGAGACCCUCGACGACAGGCCUCCCAAGAUGGAGAGGUGCAGCUGCAGUGGUUGCUGGUCGGGAGGAAGAGCCAUCUCCAGCUUAGAAGUCCCUGCCAUCCGAAAGUAGGCUUUGUCAACAGCAGCUGAGAAGAGCAGCCUGGGCCUCCGAAGGCCAGUCCUGGGCCUUUGUCAGAGCACGACUCUCCCAGAGGCAACCGGGCCUCGGGCCUUGGGCCUCUGGCCUCACAGGUUCCCUCUUUGGAGCACUUUGCCUACCUUCCCGAAAUCCCUCAGCAACCGCCUGCUGUGGCCUUUCCUGGGGUCCUGCCAUGCUGAUGACCUGUGUGCGCCUGGCUGCUCCCAGAAACGCAGAGGACCAUGUGGGGCCAGCGGGGAGGGGUCUGCAGGGAGAGGUGACACCCGGCAUCCAGGGGAGAUGCUGCACGCUGGCCAGCAGAGGGGCACAGGAGCACAGGAGUGGGGAGAUGGGGCAGUGUGUCCACGGGAGGGCAGGGCGCUGCCCCAGCUACCGUGUGAGGCCUGCUGCGGGCACAGAGCUGCUCGGUGCUGCCUUCACGCUUUGAUCUGGAAAGGCUGAUUACCCCGGAGCAGCUGUCCACAGGCCCCUGGGUCUGGAGACACAGGCCUGUCCCACGCGACUGGAAAUACACUGACAUGUGCUGUCUCCCCUCGAAGCUAUUCCUGGCUGUUGUGGAAUCUCCUCUGAACCAAGUGUCAGGUGUGUGCAGUCACAAAGGGCCCUGUGCCCUGAAUAGAUCCACUCACAGCACACAGGGAAUGCGGAAUUUAGCCCCGGGAGGGGGUCGCCUGGCCGAGGGGCAAUUGUUCAGUCACCUAGCGCUUCCUGUGGCCAUUGGCCUUCGGGGCAUCCCAUGGGUCCACCUGCCCACCCUGCUCACCUCACACAGCCAGGGUGUUGUCUGAGUCUGCAGCUGGAGCAGCCCAUUCUGAGACCCAGGAAGUGCUGGUGACGCCCCAGUGCCCUCCUUCCUGCUGGCCCUGGCACAGCCCAGUGCCACCAGGAUCAACUUACUGGCCAGGGUGCGGCCUCAGGAAACCCAAACUGGCCUCCGGACAGCGCUGGGGGAGAGGCCAUAAAUUGUCCCAGGCCCAACCUCCAUAAACACCUGGCCUCUGGUCGGAACCUGUCAGCAGCACCCCACAGAGGGUCCCCUGUGGCUAAGUAAACACCUGAGGAAUAAUAGUCCCAGAGGAGGUGAGGUGUGCUCCCAGGAGCACCGUAGGAGGCCUGCACUUGGUCUUUUAAGAAACCACUUUAGAGAGAAGUAAGGAUUGGAGGGGCUGGAAAGCAUGUCCCCGAGAAAGGACGUCACGGAUCACAUAGCAGAUUAGGAAAGAAGAAGGGGAGGGACUUUGGGGGCCGCUGUGGCCUGCCACUUUGAAAGCAUCCUGCCCAAAGCCUUUGCCCUGAGGUGACAGAGGGAACCGAGGCUGUGAGUGGUGCCUCUGGGCCUGAGUGCCCUCCUCACCCCUUCUCUGCAGGAUCUAGUCCCUGCUUUCUCAGCACUGGGCCGCCAGGGAAGGGAGGGCUGCGGGCAGCUGAUCUUGUUGCCUCCAUGGUAAAUGCCUGCAGCCAGCUGGGAACGUGGUCUUAGCUGCGUUUCA